AUGUUUGGGGGUUUGUAUGGGCCAAUCCAUGCGAAACCACGCGACUCGAAACCCUCGUCUAGCGACUCAGGGAAUCGCUCGUCCCAUCACACGCCGCCAGCGAGAGGAAGAGACGCCGCCGCCGUCACCACCGAGGGGAAGAGCCCCGCCACCGCCACCGAGGGGAAGAGCCCCGCCGGCGAGAGGAGGAGCCCCCACGCCGCCGCCCGACGCCCCGACACCACCCGACGCCCCGACGCCGCCCGACUCUGCCCAACGCCGGCGUUGCUCCUCCAGCAUACUGUCCUGUGGAGAGAAUCCAUGUUUCAAAUGUCCAUUGCCGGAGAUGUCAAGAUUCGUUAGUAGUUGAUGCAAAGGAGGAGGACUUGUUGGGUUGUGGUGACGUCCCCGACCUAAUUGAUGGAGAAGCAAUCCCUCAUCUCAAUGGUCGACAAGACAUCAGUGCAUGUCACCCAUAAUGGGCCUAUUUAGUACGUAUUGUAGGAUGUUAGCAAAGUUGGUCGAUCAACUGGCUGCUAAUUCUAUCAUCGUAGUUCAAUUCUGCAGCAAGGAUAUAAGGGUUACAUUGUAAAGAUUGGAUUUUUAAAUGUUCUACACAAUGUUAUGUCAACAUGACAAACCCUUUCUACCAAAUAGAAAUUUUAA